AUGGGUAUCAUCCAUACAAUCAACGUCAAGGUCGCGGCCAGCCCUGUCGGGCGCUGGUUCCGCCUCGACGGCAGCGGCCAUCCCCGCGAGCGCAAGGGCUCGUACUUCUUCACCGAGAUCCGCGCCGGCCUCGCCACCUUCUUUGCCAUGGCGUACAUCAUCGCGGUCAACGCGUCCAUUGUCGCCGACUCGGGCGGUACUUGCGUCUGCCCGGGCACCGAGGCCGACCCCAUCUGCAACAAAGAUGAGGCGUACCUCCUCUGCCUCCAGGGCAUCAAGCGCGAUGCCGUCACCGCCACCGCGUCCAUUUCUGCCCUGGCCAGCUUCUGCAUGGGCCUGUUCGCCAAUCUUCCCGUUGGCCUCGCGCCCGGCAUGGGCUUGAACGCCUACUUUACCUACACUGUCGUGGGCUUCCACGGCAGCGGACUUGUCCCGUACCAGGUCGCCCUGACGGCCAUCUUCGUCGAGGGCUGGAUCUUCCUCGGCCUCGCCAUCUUCGGCAUGCGUCAAUGGCUUGCUCGCGCCAUCCCCCAGUCCAUCAAGCUUGCGACCGGCGUCGGCAUCGGCCUCUUCCUCACCGUCAUUGGCCUGACGUACAGCGAGGGCAUCGGCCUCAUCGUCGGCUCCCAGGCGACCCCGACCGAGCUCGCCGGCUGCUCGCCCGAGAACAGGGACCCGGACACCGGAGCCUGCCCCAGCUGGGACAAGAUGCGACACCCCGCCAUGUGGGUGGGCAUCUUCUGCGGUGGCAUCCUCACCGUCCUCCUCUCCAUGUACCGCGUCAAGGGCGCCAUCAUCAUCGGCAUCAUCCUCGUCAGCAUCAUCUCCUGGCCCCGCAACACUCCCGUCACCUACUUCCCGUACACCGAGGUGGGCAACAGCUCCUUCGACUUCUUCAAGCAGGUCGUCAGCUUCCACAAGAUUGAGAACAUCCUCAACGUGCAGGAGUGGAAGGUUUCCGAGUACGGCGGCCAGUUCGGUCUCGCUCUCAUCACCUUCCUGUACGUCGACAUUCUCGACUGCACGGGUACCCUGUACGGUAUGGCUCGCUUCGCCGGCCUCAUCGACCCCGUCACCCAGGAUUUCGAGGGCUCCUCCGUUGCGUACAUGGUCGAUGCCAUCAGCAUCUCCAUCGGCGCUAUCCUCGGCGUGCCUCCCGUCACUGCCUUCGUCGAGUCCGGUGCCGGUAUCUCCGAGGGUGGCAAGACGGGCUUGACUGCUGUCGUCUCCGGCAUCUGCUUCUUCAUCUCCAUCUUCUUCGCGCCCAUCUUCGCCUCCAUCCCGCCGUGGGCCACGGGCUGCGUCCUGAUCCUGGUCGGCUCCAUGAUGGCCAGCGCCGUGACUGAGAUCAACUGGAAGUACAUGGGUGAUGCGGUGCCUGCCUUCCUGGCCAUCGCCCUCAUGCCCUUCACGUACUCCAUCGCCGACGGCCUCAUCGGUGGUAUCUGCUCGUACAUCCUCAUCAACACCAUCGUCUGGCUCAUCAAGCGCGUCAGCGGUGGACGCGUUGUGCCUCCCAAUAUUGAGGACAAGGAGAACUGGACGUGGCGCAUUCCUGGUGGCUUCUUCCCGCCCUGGCUGGUCCGCCUGUUCCAGGGCAAGAAGGACUUUUGGCGCGAGGAGUAUCCUCAGGUCUCCGACACUCCUGCACAGGAGCCCAAGCUCAGCACCGAAAACGACGCUGGUUCAGAUACCGGCCGUCUCGCUGAGCCCGCGACAAUCAAGUCAUGA